AUGGCUCCAAUCGCAGUAGACCCGGUACUCGUGGCAGCUGUCCCAACCGGCAAGGCCGCGCCUUCGGUGGUUGCCAAGGGCACGGCGAUGGACACGAUCUCGGACAUGGUUGACGAAGUCAACGUCUACCGUGGCACGCACCCUGACGCGCCUCAGCCCGAGACAGCCGAGGACCAAGCCUGGCGUACUGAGGGCUCGCGCUUCGACUCUGAAAAGGACAAGGCCGACUUCCGACGCUACGAAGACGCGCUCGACCACGUCAAGGCGUUCUACAAGACGCAGCACGAGAAGCAGACGGUGGCGUUCAACAUCGAGGCUCGUCAGCGCUUCCUGCACAAUCACCAUGCCGAGAUGAGCGUGUGGGAGGCCAUCGAGAAGCUCGACACGCUCGUUGACGAGUCGGACCCAGACACGUCGCUCUCGCAGAUCCAGCACCUGCUGCAGACGGCCGAGGCCAUGCGCAGGGACGGCAAGCCGGACUGGAUGCAGCUCACGGGCCUGAUCCACGACCUCGGCAAGCUUCUCUGUUUCUUCGGUGCCGAUGGCCAGUGGGACGUUGUCGGCGACACGUUUGUCGUCGGCUGCGCCCCCGAGGGAACCGUCUACCCACACACGUUCGAAGGCAACCCCGACUCGCACGACCCGAGGUACAACACCAAGUACGGCAUGUACGAGCCCAACUGCGGCCUGCAGAACGUCAUGCUCAGCUUCGGCCACGACGAGUACCUCUACGAGAUUGCUCGGCGCGAAUCCACCCUGCCCCAGGCCGCGCUUGAUAUGAUCCGCUACCACAGCUUCUACCCCUGGCACCGCGAGGGCGCCUACCGCCACCUGUGCGCGCCCGAGGACGACGCCGCGCUCGCAAACGUCCUCGCCUUCAACCCAUACGAUCUGUACUCCAAGUCCGACUCGCCCCCGGACCCCGUCGCCCUGCGUCCUUACUACGAAAGCCUGAUCGAAAAGUACUUCGGUGGCAAGGACCGCAAGAUCCAGUGGUGA